AUGUCAGAGCUUGAAAUCCCGUUACUAAUUCCUCAGGCCAGCACAAAAUCUAUAGGAAACGCAAUAGAAACAGAAGGUCUACAACAAAUAACCAUGCCAGAAGCCACUGAACAAAUCCAAAGCAUGAUAUCAGAAAAACUGUCAAAAAUUCAUAUGAUAUUUCCCUUAACUUACCCAGUAAAAACCUAAAGCAAUUUUUUACUGGGCAAUCCAAGGGAAACCUCUAUACAUUAUUAGAUGAUCCUCGAGAAAUCAAGGUAACUGCUGAUGAAAAAGCACUUGUUAUCCUAUCAGAAAAAGUUUUAAUAGUAAUAGAUAGAACCACAGGAGAACGAAAAAGUAAAAGUUUGCAAAUAGAAAACCCGCAGCAUUUAGAAUUAAUAAAAAGUCAGAAUCUUGUAGUUAUCAAUGAUAAAUCUAGCUCAAAAAUAUAUAAACCCAGCUAAGAUGAAUAGAAAUAUUAUAUCCCUAUUAUCUCUUCAAAAAACCUAAUAAACGAUCCUUAGAAUAUUUAUCAAUUAUGAAAUUUCGAACAAAUAAAAAUCCUUGACUGUCACAAAUCCAAUGUUUCUGGUAUUUUUAUAACCCCUGACGAUAAAUAUCUAUUUUCCUUAAUUGAAGACGAUGAAGUAAUCAGGUGAAAUAUCAAUAACUUCGGCAAAUUCGACGAUUUUGCAAGCGAGCACUAUGAAAACGCGACCAGUUCAUUUGGGGUGCAGGUCAAAUGACAUUGCCUUUUUGAUAGUGUCAAUUUCACCUAAAAAUUUUGGCCAAAAUUGGUCCUAGUGAGACAUUUGACCGAAAAAAAACCGUUAAUUUUUUCGGCCAAACGUCGCACUAUCAAAAAUUUUUCGAUGAAAUGUACACUGUCAAAAAUCCACGGUCAUUUGACAUGGAGCCGUUCUUUUGACAGCAGUUUAAUAGCUUUUACCUAUAAAAAUAAAUUAGCAGUUUACUCCAUAGAAGCCAUUUCAAUGCAAAAUGAAAAAGAAUUCGAUGGAAUUAUUACACAAAUAAAAUUUGCAGCAUCAAAUGAUAUUAUAGUUGUGGCCAUUAAACAGUAUUUAAGGCUAAUAAAUACAAAGACACUGGAAUUUGUACAAGGGAUUUUCCCGGAGACUGUUGUCACUUGUAUAAGCACAUAUCCGCAUGAUGAUAUUAUAAUUGCAGGACAUAAAACUGGGGAAAUUUCGUUGUUGGAUUAUAAAAAUAAUCGUCCUGCGAUAAAAAUGGCUGUAUGCAAUACAGCAAUAUCAAAAAUAUUUUUAUGCCUAUUAAGUCACUAUUAAAUUCACAAUAUUAAAAAUGCCAGUUAGGGAUAGGUCCUAACUCCUGUUAAAUAGGUAAUGGUCCUAUCAUCCGAGCUUAGUGAGAGAAGUCAAUCUUCUUGAGAGCCUCAGCUUGAAGAAAAGAAGUCAGUGCUGAGGCUGGCACUGACUAGAGAAGUCUUAACGGGCUUAACAGUUUGAGGGUUAGGUCGGUCCACCUAUCGUUAUUCAGAGCUGCUAAUGUAGCUGGACCCUCAAGUAAAAGAAGAAGACUAAGGGCAUUGCCAGAGUAACUCGUUAAACUUAAACUAUUAAAUUUUGCUCAGUUCUUAUAGCAAGCCUCCUAAGGCUUUUAAGACACUCCAGUAGGGUAUAAGUAAUAACGGCCAAGAAAUCUUCACAAUGCAAAAUGACGAUAAAAGGAAAUUGACAUAUACACAAUUCCCUCAGCUAGACCUUUGAAAAAAGUUUGAAAGGAGAAAAGUCUUUGGGUUUACCCCUUCAGGGAAACUUAUAUUUAAAUUUAAAGAUCAGCUUUUGACCUCUGAUAUCUCAUUUGACUAUAUUCAAGAAGUUUACAAUGCAGAAGGGAUAAGUAACGUUUUAUUCACAAGAUACGGAAAAAUCAUCGUUUCUUGUUUUUUCCAAAUUCAUGUAAUUUACAAUGGAGAAGACAAAUAUAUGGACGACAAAGAUAUGGAAGAGCCAAUUUGUAUGAAAAUAAACCAAGAAGGCUCAUUGCUGUUUACCGGAGGAAAACAAAAAAUCAAGGUAUGAGACCUCGAACAAAUGAUGCUACAAAAAGACUGAAAAGGCCAUGAAGAACAAGUUUCAUGCUUAAUCCUAGCUCAAAAUGACUUAAAAUUGAUAUCAGGAAGCCAUGAUAACACUGUAAAAAUAUGAGACCAUAAGAAUCAUAUGCAAACUGGGCUAUUAAAAGGCCACACAAGCUGUAUUAAUGAUUUAAAGCUAGCAGAAGAUAAAAAUUUGUUAAUAUCUUCAAGCUCCGAUAAGACUAUCAGGGUAUGAAAUUGGCCUCUUGAAACUUUAAUUUGCACAUUAAACGCGACGGCUGAUGUCGUAGGAAUUCAUGGAUAAGGUUAUUUUUUUAAAAAAAUAAUUAUUUUUCGCAAAAAAAAAUAUUAUAAAAAAUAAUUCAUGUGAUAAAAAACUGCAAAUUUUUGAUGUCGGCAAGCGCUGAUGGGAGAAUUUCGUUUUGAAGCAUGAAAAGCUAUACCUUAGUUUUCUAUAACCAAGUGCAAGACCGAGUAAAGAAGUUUUGUGUGUCAGAUGAUGAUAGGUAUAUGGCUUAUUAUUUAGGAAAUGAAGAUAGUUUUUUAAUAGGGAAUCCUCUGGUUUCUGAAAAUGUGACUGUUUCUGGGCCUUAUCAUGACUAUUAUGAGUAUCUUUUAUAUCUCAAAAAAAUCAUGGCAUUAAAAGAUAUCCCUGAGCACAACCCUAUGAUGGACCAAUGGGUAAUUUUGCCUCACCUAUUAACAGCUCCUCAUUUUUACGCCCUAGUCAAUUUGCAUUCUUACCUAAAACGGUCCUUAGAAUCCGAGUUCAAAGUUGUAGAGUCCUCAUUUGGGGAAACCUCUUUAUCUAUUGCCUUAUCUAAUAAACAUAGAGAAUGCAGAAACAUAAUCAUAAAAGCAAUGAUAAAAAACUACAAAGGCAACCCUUUUUCCUUAUCAAGCUUAACCAAAGAAUGCUUUAUUGACCUAAACAACGAAGGUUUCAGAUUUUUAGUCAAGCUUUAUGACCUGAUUUAUAGAAGAUGCAAUGGUUUUAACCUCCCUAAAGAAUGUUCUUCUAAAAUAGUCACCCCUAUUUUUUACCAUUCUAAUGAGAUUGUCCCAUAUCUCAACAAUUUUUUUAUAGAUUCAAAUGAAAAAGGGUCAGAAAAACAGAUUUUUUUUAUGCAUUGUAUAGUGCCAUUUAAUACACAGACUGGGUCACAGGAGAGUAUUGAUUUUUUAAAAAGCGUGAUUGAGUCGCCUAAUUCUGAUAUUUUUAGGACGAAAUUUGUGCAGGCAAUGCUAAAUGAUAAAUGGAAAAUGGUCAAAUUUUAUUGCUACUCACAAGGGCUGCUAUAUUUGCUAUAUUUGUUAUCUUUAAUGUUUUAUAUUGAAUUUUUUAUAGGAAAUGGAGCGUUUUUAGCUGUAACCUUUGUAUUGAGCAUUUUAUUGUCGUUCUAUGAAAUCUAUCAAGCAGUCACAGAGCCUAUGGACUAUAUUGAAGACCUAUGAAAUUAUAUAGACGCCUCAAGAGCUCUCCUUAUAAUUGCCUAUGCCAUUAUGAUUUGGGCUGACGCAGACUAUGACAGUUCUUCAACAGUCUUAUUAUUAGGCUCAUUUUUAUCAUUUUUAAGAGGAAUCACCUAUUUUAGACUGUUUACUCCUACAAGAUAUAUGAUUACUUUGCUUAAAGAAGUCUUCAAAGACAUGCUUUCUUUUCUGGUUCUUCUUUAUUACUCCACUCUUUCUUUUGCUUUUAUUUUCAAAAUUAUUGAUUCCUCAAACCUAGAUGGCAGUUUAACUGGAUAUAUUGCACAGUCUUAUUUAUAGGAAUUUUCAUUAAAUGGCCAGCAAAGCUGGCCAAAUUAUUUUUUAAUCAGAUUAAUGAAUAAUUAAUCGAAAUCCUUAUACUUGAUUUAGGUAACUAUGACACUAACACAUUUGGAGUGGCCGAAUCCAUAAUUUUCUUUAUUGCCACUAUGAUAAAUCCAAUUAUCAUGAUGAAUCUUCUCAUAUCUAUCAUAGGUGACACCCACGACCGAGUCCAAGAAGGCUUAGAAGUGGCUGAUAACAAAGAGCUUGCCGAAAUGAUUUUAGAAAUGGAAACACUAUUAUUCUGGAACAGAAACGUCAAAACUAAUAUUUAUUUACAAACCUGUAUGGAAGAUGUAAUAGUAGAAGGACAAAAUUGGUAUGGAAAAGUAAGAGAAAUUAAAUUGGUUUUAAAACAGAUUAAAGACGCACAGUCUAAAGGGUAUGAACAAAUUUCAGAGGACUCAAAAUCGGUUAAAGAUAAGAUCUCUGAGUCAGAAAAGAGGCUGAUUCAGGAAAAUAAGCAGCUGCAGCAACAAAUGGAUGAGAUGAAAAGAGAAAUAGUCAAUUUAAUUAAAAAUAGGUAA